UGGGAUAUUUCUGAUGAUGUCAAAUUAGACUUUUUCCGUAUUAUCAGUAUUAAUUGGUAUUAAUGUUUCAUUUUACCAAUUGAAAAAAAUGUAACACAACAUUUUUAUUUUUCUCUUCAAAUCCAAGCAAUCCAAGUUUGACGGUGUAAUUGCAUAUUAUGAAGUUGUUGUAUUCAAAACAGAACAUGAUUUUCACUAAAACAGUCAUUUAAGAAAAAUGAUACAAAAACGAAAAAAAAACCGACAGUUUUACAGUUUUUUAUCUCUCAUGUUAUCAAUUAUCGUUUUAUAGGUAAUUUAAAUGAAAAAUUAGUAGACUAAUUCCUACAAUAAUCUCAUUUACAUGAUUAUCAUCACUAUUAUUAAUAUUAUUAUUCAUAAUAAUAAACAACCCGUUUACAUAUCUACGAACGUUAUUACUCAUCUUAAAAUAUGAAAUUCAAGUUACUUGAUAUCGAAUAAAAUUGGUGAUAACAAUGUUGGAAGUUGGCUUGAGAGUUGUGCGAGGAUAUGACUGGAAAUGGAAAGAUCAGGAUGGUGGUGAAGGACAUGCUGGUACAGUUGUUGAAAUUGGUAAACCCCUUGCACUUCUCGAAAAUAAUACUAGACAUGGUCAAAAUUCUACUGACAAGACACCAGAUAAAACAGUUAUUGUUCAGUGGGAUCAUGGACCAAGAAGUAAUUACCGAAUUGGAUACCAGGGAUACUAUGACCUUUUAGUAUUUGACAACGCUGCUGCUGGUAUACAACACAAUCAAAUUGUUUGUGAUGGUUGUAAAAAAUUUAUUGUUGGGUUUAGAUGGGAGUGUUCACAAUGUUCAAACUAUGACCUAUGUACACACUGUUAUAUGGCCGAUGUUCAUAAUUUAAGUCACAGUUUCCAAAGGAUACAAACACCUGACUCAAUUGGCAUUAAAAUUAGUCCACGCGAGGGAUGUGUAAAAAUACCGCUGAAAGGAAUAUUUAUUGGUGCAAAAGUUGUACGUGGUCCGGACUGGGAAUGGGGCAAUCAAGAUGGUGGUUCUGGACAAAGUGGCACGGUUGUGGAAAUUCGUGGAUGGGACAACGAGAGUAGCAGAUCAGUUGCAACAGUUGCUUGGACAUCAGGAACAACAAAUGUCUAUCGACUCGGCUACAAAGGUUGUGUUGAUUUAUGCUCAAUUGAAGAUGCGACUUCUGGUACAUAUUACAAAGAACAUUUACCAGUUUUAGGACAUGCUUUUGUUACUGCUAACAAUGCUACUGUUGGUGGUAAUGAAAUUUUCAUUGACCCGCCAAAUCAAAUACCAGUAAUAUAUGAAGUUGGUGAUAAAGUUAAAGUAUCUAAAGACAUUGAUACAUUGAAAGAGCUCCAAGCUGAUCAUGGAGGAUGGAAUCCUCGCAUGGCUGAUUAUAUUGAUAAAAUUGGCUUUGUACAUCGUAUUACAGAUAGAGGUGAUAUACGUGUACAAUAUGAAAAAUGUGAAAAUAGAUGGACUUUUCAUCCACUUGCACUUAUUAAAGUUGCUGGUAAAGAAAAAUUUAGUCUCGGUGAUUGGGUGCAAAUUAAAAAUGAUAUUGUUGUUGUUAGAAAUUAUCAAGUUAAUCAUGGUGAAUGGACUGAUACAAUGAAAAGUGCGUUAGGUAAAACUGGAAAAAUUGUCAAAAUUUAUCGUGAUGGAGAUUUGCGUGUUGCAUUGGGUGGACACACAUGGACUCUUAAUCCUCUAAACGUCAUCAAGAUAUUCAGUUUGCCAGUUGAAGAAAAACCACUUUCACUCCCAGUUGAUGUUGGAACGACAGAAGUAGAAAUUGAAAAACUUUUGCAUUAUACAAGUAAGGGUGCUGCUGGUAUUUUACUUAUUCGUGAAUGUUUAAAAAAAUAUUCAGGCAAUAUUGAUAUACGACUGAAUGAUCGUGUUUGCGGUGGUAAAAAAACGUUUCUUCAAGUUGCAGCCCACGAAGGUAGCUAUGAACUCUGUGUGAUAUUAUUGGAUGCAGGUGCAUCUGUAAAUGCAUCUGAUGACGAGGGUGAUUUGCCACUUCACUAUGCAGCAUUUGGCAAUCAGCCAAAAAUAAUGGAGUUAUUGCUGAGUCGCGGUGCUCCAGUUGACGCACAGAACAAUACUAGUUGCACGGCACUUUACGUCUCAGUCAAUAGACAGCAUUCGGCAUGUGUUAAAGUUUUGCUUCGCCAUCGAUGUAAUGUCAAUCUUCAAGACUCUUAUGGUGACACUGCGCUCCAUGAUGCGAUUGGCAAAGACGCUGCUGACAUUGUCGAUGCAUUAAUAACGUGUGAUAAAGUUGAUUUUACAAUACGAAACAAACGUGGUUUUAACGUACUUCAUCAUGCAGCAUUAAAAGGUAAUGCACAUGCGACGAGACAAUUAAUGCUGCGAGUACAGAAUCUUGUUAAUGUUAAAAAAGAUGAUGGUUUUGGUGCACUUCAUCUUGCAUCACUCAAUGGACAUCGUGAAGUUGCUGAGAUUUUAAUUAUGAAAUCACGAGGUCGCAUUAAUAUUAAUCUUCAAAACAACAGAUUGCAAAUUCCACUUCAUGUUGCAGUAUCACAAGGACAAUGGAGUCUAGUUGAACUUCUGAUUACACAUAAAGCUGAUAUAACUGCAAUUGACGAUGAUGGUGAUAAUGUACUCCAUAUUGCAGUUUCCAAAAGUUUUAAAAAACCAUCCACAAUCCCAACACCCGAGAGCAGUCAUGAUGCACCAAAAAUUACUCAGAUUUGGCAAGAGCUAGCAGCUAUAAACAAACCAAAAGAAUUAGCACUUGCAUGUUACCUUGUAAGCUGCAGUAACUUUGGUAUGCUUUUUUUGAAAACACAAAACAUCAAAGGCAAAACACCAAUCGACUUGGCACCAUCAAGUCAGACGGAAAUUGUUUCUGAAAUAUUAUUUUCUUAUGUUCGUCCUGAACUGAAGCAAUCACCUUUACAUCUACACUUAUCUGACAGUUCAGUCGAGCAAGAAAAUUUUACAAUAGAAACAGUUUCAAAUGAUGGAACUGAAAAGUCAACAACAAGUACAUCGAAGACUGCUAAAGAUGAACUAAAUGCAAAAGCUGAAGAAAAAAACAAAGACUUGGAAAGAUUAAGAUAUUUAGAAACAAGAGUUGCUGAUCUUGAAGAAGCAAGUAUGUGUAGUAUCUGUAUGGAGAGACGACGGAGUGUUGCAUUUUUAUGUGGACAUGGUGCAUGUGAAAAUUGUGCAGCACCCUUAAAAACUUGUCAUAUGUGUCGUAAAAAUAUUACCAAAAAAAUUAAUCUCUAUUAGACAUUUGAAAAGUAAAAAAAAUAAGUUACAUGUAUAAAUAAUACAAAUACAUGUCGUAGUUAAAAUAAUAAUAAGUUUUAUGUCAUACGAUUUUUUUAAGUAAUUUAUUAAAUUGUGCUUGCCAAACUUAAUUUUUACGGUACAAUAAUGAUAGUUAAUAUAAUUAAUGUGCCAUUUUUUAAUAUUAGAAUAAUAAUAAAAUACGGAAGAAUAAACAACAAUCGAAUCCAAGAAGUAAAAAAUUUCAUCAAUUUUCACAACUUAAUUAAUUAUAAUAAAUUAAUUUUUUUUUUUGUCGUAUAAACAGUUUAAAUAAAUAUAUUGUAUACUAUAAUUUUAGAUAUUGAAUAUAUAAUCAUGAUAAUAAAGAAAAAGUUUUUUUUUACAAAAAGAGGCGUCGAGUAUCCACAAAUUAUGAUAAUUCUAAUUGUAAGUUAUACAAUUUUAAUUAAGGAAGGGAAAUUUCUUUGAACAUACCUAAAUUACAUUCCUAUUAAACACUAUUUUUUCAAAAACCAAUCAAUAAUAGUAAAAAUAAUAAGGAAUUUUAAAAUGUUUGGUUCACAUGGAGUUUUAAUACUGCUUUCUGAGUAAUAAAAAUUGAUAAAAAUUAUCUGUCAAAAACACGGUUUU